UCACUUCCGGGACGCCUCCUUCGCUGAGCCUUGUGGGUAGCGGGCCGGGGUCUCCUGGCGACGACGAUGGCGGGGGAUGUGGGCGGCCGUAGCUGCACUGAUUCAGAGCUGCUGCUGCACCCGGAGCUGCUGUCCCAGGAGUUCCUUCUCCUCACCCUGGAGCAGAAGAACAUAGCUAUUGACAAUGACAUAAGAAUAAACAAAGACAAUCUUACUGAUCUUUAUGUUCAGCAUGCAAUACCAUUGCCUCAGAGAGAUUUGCCAAAGAAUAGAUGGGGGAAAAUGAUGGAAAAGAAAAGAGAACAUGAGAUGAAAAAUGAGACUAAAAGGAGUAGCACUGUAGAUGGGUUAAGGAAGAGACCCCCCAUUGUGUUUGAUGGAAGUUCAACAAGUACAAGCAUAAAAGUGAAGAAGACAGAGAAUGGAGAUAAUGAUCGACUCAGGCCACCCCCUCAGGCAAGCUUUACCAGUAAUGCCUUUCGAAAAUUGUCAGAUUCCUCUUCAAGUGUUUCACGCCUAAUUUUGUCUUCCAAUUUGCCUGCGAACAAUAAAACGGAACACAAUAAUAAUGACACUAAACAGAACCAUGACUUAACGCAUAGGAAAAGUCCUUCGGGUGCCAUGAAGUCUCCACCUCUGUCCCCUGUUGGAACUACUCCAGUGAAGUUAAAGCGAGCUGCUCCUAAGGAAGAAGCUGAGGCCGUGAAUAACCUGAAGCCCCCAGAAACAAAGAGGAAGAUACAACAUGUUACAUGGCCGUGAAGGAAAGUUUCCAAAAAUAUACUGCUUUUUCUGCAAAUUGAAGGUUUGUGGCAACCCGGUGUUGAGCAAGUCUAUUGGCACCAUUUUCCCAACAGCAUUUGCUCACUUCAUGUCUCCUUGUCACAUUUUGGUAAUUCUCAACAAUAUUUCAAAUGUUUUCGUUAUCUGUUACAACGAUCUGUGAUCAGUGAUUGUGACUUGCUGAAACCUCAGAUGAUGAUGGUUAACAGUUUUUAGCAAUAAAGUAUUUUUAAUUAUGGUAUGUACUUU